UUUUUUCUCUCAAAAUUUCCAAAAGAAAGAAAAAAUUCAACGACUUCCAACUUGUUCCCACAGUCACGCACAAGAAAACUCCCGCCAUUGCCGCGUUCUGUCUGAUUCUUAAACCGGCAAACCACAGAGUGCAGAACACGCAUAGAAACGAGAGAGAGAGAGAGAACAACGACGAACUGAUCAAGAUCCACGGAAAUGAAAUCGAAAGGAAAAAGAAUUGGGGGUUUCAAUUCCAAAUUAGGGUUGCCGGCCAUCUUCAUCCUAUGCCUUCUCUUUUUCCUCGCCGGCCUCUUCGGUUCAAAUCUCCUUUCUCAGGAUGAGCCUAGUGAUGGAUCGGGGCCCAGAUUGCUUGAAUCAGUUGCAGAAGACGACCGUUCGGUGCCCCAUGGAGAAACUGGGGAGCCUGGGAUUGCUUCCAUUCCCUUUCAGGUGUUGAGCUGGAAACCACGAGCACUUCUUUUUCCCAAUUUUGCUACACCAGAACAAUGCCAAAGCAUAAUCCAAAUGGCAAGGUCAAAGCUUAAACCGUCAAGCCUGGCUUUGCGGAAGGGAGAAACUGCCGAGAGCACCAAAGGAAUAAGAACAAGCUCAGGCACAUUUAUCAGUGCAUCAGAGGAUGCAACUGGAAUUUUGAAAGAAGUUGAGCAAAAAAUUGCAAAGGCUACAAUGUUCCCAAGGAGCCACGGGGAGGCAUUCAAUAUUUUACGCUAUGAGAUAGGACAGAGAUAUGUUUCCCAUUACGAUGCAUUCAACCCAGCUGAGUAUGGCACGCAAAAGAGCCAAAGGAUUGCUUCCUUCCUGUUGUACUUAUCUGAUGUGGAAGAAGGUGGGGAGACCAUGUUCCCUUAUGAGAAUGGCUCAAACAUGCAUAUGGGCUAUGACUACGAAAAGUGCAUCGGUCUGAAAGUGAAGCCACGCCAAGGGGAUGGACUUCUGUUUUACUCAUUGUUCUUGAAUGGCACAAUUGACAAGACAUCUCUUCACGGAAGUUGCCCAGUCAUUAAGGGGGAGAAAUGGGUGGCUACAAAGUGGAUCAGAGAUCAAGAGCAGGAUGACUAAUUUCCACGUACAUAAAGAAGGCAAUCCUACCCAGAGAGUUUCUUCUUGUUAGCAUUUUGACAGUGCUCUUCUGUUAUUGUAUUGUGAUUCAACAGCUAGAAUGAUACUGUUGAUCAACAAUUUGUAGAAACUCUCUUUGAACAGAUAACUUUCAAAUAUGUAGCUCAUAUGAACGAGGCAUCCAAUUUUUGAGAAUGCAAAUGACACUGAGUUCUUGACAUA